AUGGUCAGCGGUGUCCCCCCCGACGCGUUCAGCGCGACGGGCCAGCUGUGGGGCAGCCCGCUCUACCGGUGGCCGGCCCACGAGGAGGAGGGCUACGCCUGGUGGGCGUCGCGGCUGGCGCGGGCCUUCUCGCUGUACGAUGAGACGCGCAUCGACCACUUCAGGGCGUUUGCGGGCUACUGGUCUGUGGACGCCACAGAGGAGACUGCCAUGAAUGGCUCAUGGCGCCAGGGCCCCGGGCUGGCGCUGUUUGUGGCGCUGUCGCAGCGUCUGGGGCGCGUGCCCAUCAUGGCUGAGGACCUGGGGGUGAUCACCCAGGACGUGGUGGCGCUCAGGGAGGCGAUCGGUGCGCCGGGCAUGGUGGUGCUGCAGUUUGCCUGGGGCGGCGGCCCCCACAACGUGCACCUCCCCCACAUGCACUACGAGAACUGCUUCUGCUACCCCGGCACGCACGACAACGAGACUUCGGUCGGCUGGUUCAAGGGCAGCGCCAAUGCCACUGACAAGGCGCGCCCAGCCUCCGCCUACAUUCAGCAGUACCUGGAAUCUGACGGGUCGGACAUCGCCUGGGACUUCAUCCGGGCUGCCUUCCAGUCUGUCGCCAAGACCUCCAUUGUCAUGAUGCAGGACGUGAUGCGGCUGGACAACAGCGCGCGCAUGAACACGCCCGGGCUGGCUGCCGGCAACUGGGCUUGGCGCGUCGGCGACAGCGGCGUGUGGGAGCGGCUCGAGGAGGAGGCGGGGGCGCUUAGGAGGGAGGCGCACGCCAGCGGCCGCCUCGCACGCGGAAAGCGCUUGGGGCACGUUUGA